AUGGACUAUGUUCAUCAUGUGGUAGUGACAAUUUGGAAUGGAGAGGAACGUCCUGAGUUGAAGUUAUCCUCCCAUGGAUGGAAGGUAAAGAAUUUUGGCAGGCCUGCUCCAGAGAUUGAAGGCUUAGUAGCUGCCAUAGGAUUAAGUCCUUUGAUCGCAUGUUCCUUGGACACUGGUGAUCGGGGACUUAUAUCUAUUUUUGCAGAGAGGUGGCAUAAGAAAACUAGUAGUUUCCAUUUUCCUGUAGGAGAGGUGACUAUCUCCCUGGAUGAUGUGGCAUCCUUGCUACAUCUGUCCAUUACAGGCGCCUUCCAUAGCUUCAAGGCUCUUCAUGUGGACGAAGUUGUCUUUCUUUUAGUUGAAUUGCUUGAAGUUAGUUUAGAAGAGCAAGAGUUGAGACAAUACAAUGCCAUGGGGCAUAUGUUUGGUUAUCCUGGUCGUGAGACAUUUAUCGUUGCAUAUGUGAUGCAGCACAGUAGACUUUAG